GGCGCGGAGCUGAGCCGCUCGCCCAGCCGCCAGUGCCCGCGAGCGCCGCGCCUGCUCAGGGAAUCCAGUUCGCUGCUAGACGCUUCUCGCUCAGGCUCGCUCUCUCCCCGGCUGCUUCCCAUGGCUUUGGCUCUGCAGCGGAAGCCUAUGCACUAACGGAGAAACUUUUCCAGCGGUUUCUUCUCCCCAUCCCUUUCCAAGAGAGGAUAAAAAGUUCCAAGAACUGGUGCCACCCGUGCCACUUGGGUACUCGCCGACGAGCUCCAAGUCUCAGCCAUGUGCACCAACAUAGUUUAUGAGUGGCUGAAAGCGUUACAGCUCCCGCAGUACGCCGAGUCCUUCGUGGAUAAUGGCUACGAUGACCUGGAAGUGUGCAAGCAGAUUGGAGACCCGGACCUGGACGCCAUCGGGGUGCUGGCUCCGGUGCACCGCCGGCGCAUCCUGGAGGCUGUGCACCGGCUGCGGGAACAGGACGCGGCCGCCGCCGGCCUUUACUUUACGCUCGAACCUCAGCCAGUGCCACCCGCACCGCAGGUGGACGCGGUGCCCCCAGGCCGCCGGGGGGAGCCAUGUGGAGGCUCAGCUCAGGGCUCUCGCGGGGACCCCCGUGGCCAGGCGAGCGCUCCCCGCAGCAGGGAGCUGGUGAGCUACCCUAAGCUGAAGCUGAAGAUCAUGAUCCGGGAUAAGCUGGUCCGAGAUGGCAUUCACCUGAGCAAGCCCCCGUACUCGCGCAAGGUCCCAAUGGCUGGCAUCCUAGAGUACUUAAUGAAUUGGCCGAAGUCAUCACAGAACCGCUAGAUAUCAAUUUUGAGAGCCCGUGGAGGACUGAUGAGGUGCUGAAGACUGGAAAAGGGCAAAUUUAGAACCUCCUUUCACAAAGGGAAUUGGAUGGUGACUCUGGAAACACUCAUCAGCUUAACUUGUUGCUUGGAAAAUUCUGGAAUAAUCAACUUAGUAAGCAAAGUUACUCAUGUGUAGUAGUUAGUAAUAGGGCAACAACACAUCGCCCAUGGAAGUACACGGAACCUGGUUUUUAAAGGGCACUCCAUGCGGGAAGAAGUCCAAUAUAUCUCUUGGAAUUUCUCUCCUUUGUUGUUUGAUUUUUUUCAUCAUAGUAGAUGGGGUUGACUAAGACUUGUGGGUAAUUUCUAACUUUAAGUAUACUAUAUAGAAGUAGGUUUCUUACAAUAGCUAAUUAAUGACAUCUUUUCCAAAAUAGCCUCUGUCUUGAGAAUAGUAACUUUCAUUUUAUAUUUUAACAUACAUGUUAUUUUUACUUCGUAUAGGGCUCUGUUUUCAUUAAGUUAUGAUAUUUCAUAUAAUUCUAUAUAAACUAGUUUGGUGAAGGAUUUCUUAUUUUAAGGACUGUAUAUAGUGAUUUCAUGUAAAAGAAUAACCCGAACAUUGGCAUAUUAAGGAAGAAACUAUUUUCUAACUUUUAAAAUUUAAGCUGGUGGAGGUAUGACUGUUACAUUGGGAGGACCAUGUCUUGAUGCAUAUCCACUGUUUAUAUCCUUCCUUGCCUGGAAGCUUCCUCAGCCUCCUCCUUCCUGAGUUGUCUUGUGUCUUU